UCUAUACCCUAAAAAACUCUCACAAACACAAUACGCACUCUCUCUCUCUCUCUCUCUCUCUCUCUCUCUCCGUGUGAGAGUCAAAUCAAAAUUCAAUGCCUGCGACUGCGACUGCGACUGCUAGUGUUGACGCGCUUCCCCUCCUCCUCCGCCUAGACUCUUCUUCAGUGGCCACCACACGGCCGCCUCCUAAGCACCAGACGCACUACAGAGGCGUCCGGAAGAGGCCGUGGGGCCGUUUUGCGGCGGAGAUCCGAGACCCCUGGAAGAAGACCCGAAAGUGGCUGGGCACCUUCGACACGGCGGAGGAAGCCGCUCUAGCCUACGACGAGGCCGCCCUCAGCCUCCGUGGUCCCAAAGCCAAGACUAACUUCGGCUUCAUCCUCCCUCCUCCCUCGCCAGCUAGUCUUCCUCCUCCACCGGUGAGAUCGGAGUACAGGGGCUACAAGAUGGAGAACUUGGCGGUCAUGACCACUCAGACUCAGCACGACACCAAAACAUCCUCGUCUCCAGAGAAAAGGCCCUUUCUUUUCGAUUUGAAUCUGCCGGCACCGCUCUUCUGAUGAGUAUCAAAUUAAUGUUGUUUGGUCUGUAUUUUUGCCCUUGUACAGCGUCCAUAUUUUUUUGCAUUUUCAAGAAGGGGGUUUGACUUUUAAUUAGUGAAAUGAAAUCUCCUCUUUUCUACUGUAUUUUUUUGUUUCUUGUUAACCAAUUGCUCUAGUUUUAUUGGCUAUAUAUACAUGUAGCUGCAUGCAUUGAGUUUAA